UAUAUAACAAAUGAAAUUAUUACUUUUGAAGAAAAAAAAACGACGAUAUAUUGUUGGGAAGUUAACCAGAGUACGCAAAGCUAGCAUUACUACUGUUGUUAGGCCUUAAUCAAUCACCCUUAUAAAUUCAUUCAUUCAUUCAUUCAUUCAACUACUUGUAUUGUGCUCUCAUCUUCCAUUCAAACCAUGGACACCAUAACUUCCAAAUUCUUCUUCCUCUUUUCAUCUCUCUCUCUUCUUCACGCCUUCGCCAACGCCACAGACAUUCACUAUUGCGAUAAGAAAGCAAACUAUAAUGUUGAUGUCAAAGGAGUUCAAAUAUCUCCUGAUCCCAUUGCAAGAGGCCAGCCUGCUACAUUCACCAUUGCUGCCACUACAAGUCAAGCAUUGUCGGGAGGGAAACUAGUGAUUGACGUGUCGUAUUUUGGAUGGCACGUAUAUAGUGAGACCCAUGACCUUUGUGGAGAAACAUCUUGCCCUAUUUCGGUUGGUGAUUUUGUGAUUGCUCAUUCACAAGUUUUACCUGGAUUCACCCCACCAGGUUCGUACUCUUUGAAGAUGAAGCUGUAUGAUGGAAACAACAACAACGAGUUGACUUGCAUUACAUUUGGUUUUUCUAUCGGGUUUGGAUCCUCCGUGGCUGAUUACUAAUUGAAAUUGGUCCUUCAAAUCUAUGUUUAGAUCCAUAUAAAUUAGUUGUACAAACUGCAAAGUAUCCUUGUAAUACCAAGUUCCUUGUAUUAUAAUCCAGAACAACAAGCAUGCGAAUUAAGAAUCAUAAAACAUACAUUGUGUACUUUGCUGAGAUUACAAAUACCAACUACAUGCUUCUUUAUUUAUUUUGCUA